AUGUUUAAAUGUGAUAAGUGUGAUAAACCAUUCAAGCAUCAAACAAAUGUCUAUAGACACAAGAAGGAAUCGUGUGUUUUCCUUUGUCCAGGAACUCUGAUUAAAGUAGAUGAAGAAAAACCCAAAAUUCCCAAACUAAUCUUGAAACGUUUUGCUGAUAUCUGGUUUAUUAGAAGCAGCCAAUCAAAAGCCAGCAUUUGUGCCAGAAAAAAUAAGAGCGAAUACUAUAAAUUUCUGGAGCUAAAGAUGGAAAACCUAGAUGAUUGCCCCAUUUGCUUCGAGACCAUAGAGAAAAAAGGUGUCAGUCAACCAAAUUUGUGUAAACAUCAAUUUUGUUUAAAAUGUUUAUUUGAGUGGACUAAAACAAAUGAAACUUGUCCUAUGUUAGAAAAUUUUAUUAUGCAAUAA